AUGUCAGAGACCACGCCUCUCAGCGCUCUUUGCAGCAUCUGCCACAGUCAGGCGCCUAAGUAUAAGUGCCCUGGCUGCGGCGCGCGAACUUGUUCGCUCGACUGCGUGAAGAAGCACAAAGUUCGCGCCGACUGCAGUGGCAAGCGCAAUCCGGCCGCCUACAUCCCCCUCGAGAAGUUGCGGACAGAAGCCGGCAUCGACCACGACUACAAUUUCCUCCAUUCCAUCGAGCGUGCCAUCGAGAGAGCAGAGAAGGACAUUAUCGAGGAACGUCGAAUCCUGAACGAGAAAGAGCUGCGCCCCGUUGACGAAGACCGCGCGUUUCGAAAGAUCUGGAUUGGCGAGGAGCUACGACAUAUUCCCGUCGAGGAAUUGCGAAAGAAGCGGAGUGCGCAGAACUCCAUCCAAAAAAUCAUUCCCGGUUUCGACAAACAAGUGCGCCGGCGCCUGCGCGAACUCGACAUCGACGUCAUUGUCGCGCCCAGUGGCUUAUCGCGCCACAAAGAGAACAAGACCUGCUUCUAUAACAAGGACCGACUCAUCAACUGGCAAGUCGAGUGGUUGAUCUAUGGAACCCUGCCGGUUCGCUUGACCUUCCAACCACAGCAGCAGCCACAUCGCAUCCUCUAUCGGACCCUUGAGUCCAACUCUCUGGCCAAUGGUCUUGCAGGCGCCCUUCAGUGGUGGCAUCGUGGCCAGACCGCUGAAUACCGGAAGAAACUCGAGAUCAGCUCUGAUUACUACCGCGACGACGAUGCCCACCCCAACAAGCGUCGCAAAAUCCGUCAAGACGACAUCCCCUUUUUCACCACCAAUGCUCUCCCCUUCCCUGCCGAAUACCAGCACCAAGACUUCGACAAGAGCACGUGGUCCCCGGCGCCAUACACGACCCAGGACGUUAGCGGCGCCUGGAGUAACGAUAUCCCCGCCCCGUACGAGCCGCCCACACUGGAAUCCGCGCUCACGACCUGCCGCUUCUUCCUAGCUUUCGUCGAGCGCAGCAAGCCCAACCAGAAGCUGCUGCUCCCCGUCGCUGCAAACGACAACUUCACCAAUAUCCUUGCUGGACGGACGGUGAUCGAAUUCCCGACCAUCCACGCCGUGGCGCCGGGCGUGACCGGUCUGCCGGCGGGAUGGUCGGUGGUCGACGGUCCCCGGGGCCAGAAGCGGGCUCCCGAGAACGGUAACAGUAGCGGCCCGAGCAAGAAACCCAAGGCCGACGCCGAUUCAUCGUCGGAGGCUGAGGAGGGAGAAGUUGACGACGACUUUGAGAUGCCGGACGCUAAUGCAGGGGGUGGCGCCGCGAGCGACGAGGACGAUGACAGCGACAACGACAGCACCAGCAGCACCAGCAACAGCAGCGAGUCGUCGUCCGACGAAGAGGGUGAGGUUUGGGAAGGGGAUCCCAACCUCACGGCCAGCACUAGCUCCCCCGCUCACGCGGAAACGCCUACUGCCCCGGCCGUCACUGCCGCCGACACCCACCAGCCCGAGGGGGCUCAGCGGAAAUCUCCUUCCUUGACUCCCAAGCGGCUGGUGGACUACAGAUCUUCAGAUGAGGACUACAUCAGCUGGUGA